CUCGCUAACUGUUUGUGUCAUAGCGAAGCGUGCAUUUCGUGGGUUAGUGAAGGUGACGAUUGCGAUGAUUGUUGAUGCUACUUCAAGCCAAGAGAAGAUUUCUCAACUUUGAAGCUUUUGUGUCUUGGAAGGAUCUUACUGUGUCUUUUCUAUUCUUCUGCUUUUACACCAAGGGAAUAAGCAUACUUCAAUCUUACCGUUGAAAUCGUUUCCAAAAAUUACUUAACGCUCUUUAUUUUGCUGUUGAGUUGUGAGGUUGAGUGAGCUAAGUUAAAGCAAGAGAAAGAGAAUAGAUGGAGAGUUAUCUGAAUGAGAACUUUGGGGAUGUGAAGGCGAAGAACUCAUCGGAAGAAGCGCUUCAGAGAUGGAGGAAGCUCUGUUGGCUUGUUAAGAACCGUAAAAGGAGGUUUCGCUUCACUGCUAAUCUCUCCAAGCGAUUUGAAGCUGAAGCUAUCAGACGCUCCAAUCAGGAGAAAUUCAGAGUAGCAGUGUUGGUUUCACAAGCUGCACUUCAGUUUAUCAAUGGUCUAAAGUUGUCUAGUGAGUACAUUGUACCGGAGGAAGUUAAAGCUGCAGGUUUUGAAAUUUGUGCUGAUGAGUUGGGGUCAAUUGUUGAUGGACGUGAUGUGAAGAAGUUGAAAAUUCAUGAUGGGGUUGAGGGUAUCGCAAACAAAGUCAGUACCUCAGUCAAUGAUGGGAUAUCAACAUCUGAGCACUUGCUGAAUCUGAGAAAAGAAAUUUAUGGAAUUAAUAAAUUCAAUGAAAGCCCAAUCCGGGGAUUUUGGGUUUUUGUAUGGGAAGCCCUUCAAGAUACAACCCUCAUGAUACUUGCUUUAUGUGCCUUGAUCUCUUUGGUGGUUGGUAUAAUAAUGGAAGGGUGGCCCAAGGGUGCACAGGAUGGAAUUGGUAUUGUUGCAAGCAUAUUGCUUGUAGUGUUCGUCACUGCCACUAGUGAUUACAGACAAUCGUUGCAGUUUAAGGAUCUAGAUAGAGAGAAGAAAAAAAUUACAGUUCAGGUCACACGAAAUGGCUGUAGACAGAAGAUAUCAAUAUAUGAUCUACUUCCUGGUGAUGUUGUCCAUCUUAAUAUUGGAGAUCAGGUUCCUGCUGAUGGGCUUUUUGUGUCCGGUUUCUCUGUGUUGAUAAAUGAAUCAAGUUUGACAGGAGAAAGUGAACCAGUGAAUGUCAGUGACCGUAAUCGCUUUCUUCUCUCUGGAACCAAAGUCCAGGAUGGAUCAUGUAAGAUGCUUGUGACUGCUGUUGGAAUGAGGACCCAAUGGGGUAAACUAAUGGCUACUUUGAGUGAAGGGGGAGAUGAUGAGACUCCCUUGCAGGUAAAACUCAAUGGUGUGGCUACCAUUAUUGGGAAAAUAGGCCUCUUUUUCGCUGUUGUGACUUUUUCUGUGUUGGUCCAAGGGCUAUUUAGCCGCAAGCUGCGAGAAGGAUCCCAAUGGACGUGGUCUGGUGAUGAUGCUAUGGAAAUGGUGGAAUUCUUUGCUAUUGCUGUUACUAUUGUUGUUGUUGCUGUUCCUGAAGGUUUACCUUUAGCUGUAACAUUGAGCCUUGCUUUUGCCAUGAAAAAGAUGAUGAAUGAUAAGGCACUUGUCCGUAAUUUGGCUGCUUGUGAGACAAUGGGAUCUGCCACUACUAUCUGCAGUGACAAGACCGGCACACUAACUACUAACCAUAUGACUGUUGUAAAAGCUUGCGUAUGUGGGAAGAUUAAAGAAGUGAAUAGCUCUAAGGUCUCUUCUGAUUUCUCAUCUGAUCUUCCUGAUUCUGCUCUGGCAAUUCUACUUGAAUCAAUAUUUAACAACACUGGAGGAGAAGUUGUAAAAAACAAAGAUGAGAAGAUUGAGAUUCUGGGAUCACCAACUGAGACUGCACUCUUGGAAUUUGGGCUGUCACUGGGUGGUGAUUUCCUUAAGGAACGACAAGUGUUAAAACUUGUGAAAGUUGAACCAUUUAAUUCUGUAAAGAAGCGCAUGGGUGUGGUUCUACAGCUUCCUAAUGGUAGUUUCAGAGCACACUGCAAAGGUGCCUCUGAAAUAGUUCUAGCUGCAUGUGACAAAGUUGUGGACUCAAAUGGUGAGAUUGUUCCCCUUGAUGAAGACUCCAUCAAUCACUUGAAGGAUACAAUUGCAAAAUUUGCUGGUGAAGCUCUCCGAACCCUUUGCCUUGCUUACAUGGACAUUUGUGAUGAAUUUUUAGUUGAAGGACCUAUUCCUAUCAGGGGUUACACAUGCAUAGGAAUUGUGGGUAUUAAAGAUCCAGUUCGCCCUGGUGUUCGAGAGUCUGUCGCCAUUUGUAGGUCAGCUGGUAUUACUGUUAGGAUGGUUACCGGAGACAACAUAGACACUGCAAAGGCUAUUGCUAGAGAAUGUGGAAUUCUAACGGAUGGUAUAGCAAUUGAAGGCCCUGAAUUCCGUGAGAAGAGUGAGGAGGAAUUGCUUGAUAUCAUUCCAAAAAUUCAGGUAAUGGCUCGAUCUUCACCCAUGGAUAAGCAUGCCCUGGUGAAAUACUUAAGGACAACAUUUGAAGAGGUUGUUUCAGUUACUGGUGAUGGUACAAAUGAUGCUCCAGCACUUCAUGAAGCAGAUAUUGGGCUUGCAAUGGGCAUUGCUGGAACUGAGGUAGCAAAAGAAAGUGCCGAUGUAAUAAUACUAGAUGAUAACUUUUCCACUAUUGUGACAGUGGCCAAAUGGGGCCGUUCAGUCUACAUAAACAUACAGAAAUUUGUGCAGUUCCAGCUAACUGUAAAUAUUGUUGCUUUGAUCGUCAAUUUCUCUUCUGCCUGUUUGACCGGAAAUGCUCCACUUACUGCGGUUCAACUUCUAUGGGUCAACAUGAUUAUGGACACUCUUGGAGCACUUGCGCUAGCCACCGAACCUCCUAAUGACGACUUGAUGAAAAAACCACCUGUUGGUAGGAAAGGAAACUUCAUCAGUAAUGUGAUGUGGAGGAAUAUCUUGGGGCAGUCUAUGUAUCAAUUUGUCGUAAUCUGGUUCCUCCAGAGAAGAGGGAAAGUAGCUUUUCAUCUUGAUGGCCCAGAUUCUGAUCUGACGUUGAAUACACUCAUUUUCAACUCAUUUGUGUUCUGUCAGGUUUUCAAUGAGAUCAGUUCUAGAGAUAUGGAGAGGAUAAAUGUUUUUGAAGGUAUACUGAAGAAUUAUGUGUUUGUAGCUGUCCUCACUUGCACUAUCAUCUUCCAAAUCGUAAUUGUCGAAUUCUUGGGCACCUAUGCAAACACAUCUCCGCUUAGUUUGAAGCAGUGGUUUAGUAGCAUUCUCCUCGGAGUCCUUGGCAUGCCAAUUGCAGCAGCUUUAAAGAUGAUCCCCGUGUGAUCUGUCCAAAACCAUUUCUAAGAUAAAUUAGGUACAUUCUAGCUCAACUUUUGUUCUGACACGUAAAUCAAGGGUCUUGUUUGCUCCUUACCUCUUUAAAAAAAGCCAAUUAAAUGAAGAGUUUUCUUAGCGUGAAGUUCCAUAGGCUAACAAAUUAGAGGCUAGAUUUGGUACUUGAUUCUGGUGUCAGAGGAUAACAUCUGUACAUUUUGCAUGAUUGUCAGUGAAAUUUCAAAGUUGUGAUUUAUAUUGUAUAACUAAAACAUUACAUAUAAUGAGGCUAGUCUGCAAGAGGGUUUUAAUUUCUCUAAAAUUUGAAUGAUUUAUUAUUAUUAUUAUUGUUUGUGAAUUAUGAUGAUGUCGACCUACAGUUUCUCUCUAUUUAUUCUGUAAGAAGUGACAGAUGAGUUGUUUACAAAAUGCUUCUUGCGCGUGUUCUUUAUGCAUGCUAAUUGGAUCAUGGGUUGCUUCUUGAGUUUGAAUUGCUGAUGGGGCCAUCAGACUUUUUUUGGCUGGACCGAGGAAAUAGUGUUAGGGCUAAGUUUUUAUUGUGGCUGUCAAUAUAUCAAAUGCAGGAGAUAUGUCAGCUAGGUCGGAUUCUACUGGAAUUAAGAUUGGAGUUCAAAGCUUUUGAUGAUCCCAGUUAGGAUUUUCUGCUCUGUUUGAACUCGUUGUGGAUGACUGUGUAUCAAAAAUUCAAACGAAAAAGAGAAUUUAUGUAAUAGCCUUAUCCUCUAAGCUAGCAGUAAUGGUGAAAGCAACUUGGUAUUUUUAGGCAUUUUAGACUCAGUUAUAUUGUAUCUACUAGUAUGUAAUUACUAGAGUUACUGAUGAGCAAUUGAACUGGGGAAGUUCUUGAUGUUUGAGAUCUUGGGGAGGCAUCUUCCAUGGUGGAAAAUGUGCUUGGAUAUUUUGCCUAUCAACUGCAGGUAGGGUAGCUUCAAUUAUGAAUAUACGUGAUACUGCUAGGUCUCUGUCAUACUGAGGAGGAAACCGAUCAUCAUUUAUCCUUAAAUGUCUCAACUCUCAAGUCUCAACAAUAUUUUGGUUUAGCUGUGAAUGGAGUAUCCAUCUUGAAGUUUUUGAAGAUAUUUCCACUUGUCUGUGGUUCAUCUUUCUAUUAUUAGAAACAGAAUGUCUACUGUCCACUGGGCAUAGAUCAAGAAAGACUGCUUUUAACUUUUGCAUGUGGCUAUGGAAUGUAUCUGGUGGGAAAAGAAUUACGUUUACUCUUUACAUGCACAUAUUCCCAUCAUUUACUGGAGUUUAGGUGAAGCCCUGUCAAUUAAACGUAGUUUGCUUUCUCAUUGUGAUCACAAAUUAGCCAGGAAUAUUCGUUUAUACCUUUUAUUGGUGGAGACCAAAAUUGCAGUGUCCUUUAUGCAGAAGUAGAAAGUGCUUCAAUUUAAUCCCAAAUAUCAGAGGCUGUAGAAGCAAACUAAGGCUUUUCAGGUACUCAUGGAUGGAAAGGUUGAUUGGUCACUCUGAUAGUUGCGGAUGCCAUAGUGUCUCUUGUCAUGGACAUACUUAUUUUAUAGAAUAGAUAACUAAUUACAUUUGCUAGACUUCUACACAAUCCACACUAUUCUGUCAAAUGGGCAACUCCUGCUAAUGUAUCUUGUUUAAUCGAUUUUGCUUCGGUACCCUCUCAUAAUUUUCAUUGCUGAGGCCGUUGAAACAAAAGUAGGGGGAUGGAGUUCCAAGAGAGACUAGCACACCACAUUACAAGGCCUACCUUUCUUUUUCCUAACUUUCACUUCAUUACCUUGUU